GAUACAACAUCUAACUAAAGAAAAUCCGUAAGAUGGCAGGACCUGAAGAUACCGACAUUGAAUGUAUGGAGGCAGCAUACAAAGUCUUUAAUGACCCCAUCCACGGACACAUUGCACUCCACCCUCUUCUGGUCAAAAUCAUAGACACACCUCAAUUCCAAAGACUGAGGAACAUCAAGCAGCUCGGAGGGGCAUACUACGUUUUCCCCGGAGCAUCUCAUAAUCGCUUUGAGCAUUCCAUUGGAGUUGGGUACCUGGCUGGAAAGCUUGCAAAAUCUCUGCAAAAUAAACAGCCUGGACUGAAUAUCACUAAGAGAGACAUCCUCUGUGUGCAAAUCGCUGGCCUCUGCCAUGAUCUGGGACACGGACCUUUCUCUCAUCUGUUUGAUAAGAAGUUCAUUCCUAAAGCACGUCCAGAUUUGAAAGAGGACAAAAAAUGGACGCACGAGAAGGCAUCGCUAGACAUGUUAAACCAUCUGAUUACUGUUAACAACCUGAAGCCGGUGAUGAAGGGCUACAGGCUGGAGCUGCCAGUGGACCUCUUCUUCAUCGAGGAGCUGAUCAUUGGGAAAAGGACCUACCCUCAUGAUCCAAAAAAACAGUUGGAACACGGAGGCCGUAAACCAGAGAAGUAUUUUCUGUAUGAGAUUGUGUCCAACAAAAGGAACAGCAUCGAUGUGGACAAAUGGGAUUACUUUGCGAGAGACUGCCAUCACCUGGGCAUCAAGAAUAACUUUGACCACGACCGCUUCAUCAAGUUCGCCAGGGUGUGUGAGGUGGACAAAGAAAAAGACGCAGAGGAGAAGCUAAUCUGUACCAGAGACAAGGGCAAGUUCGCCAGGGUGACUGAUGAGGACAAAAAAAAAGAAGCAGAGGGGAGGCAAAUCUGUACCAGAGACAAGGAAGUGGGCAAUGUGUAUGACUUCUUUCAAACAAGAAACUGUCUCCACAGAAGAGCCUACAAGCACAAAGUAUCAAACAUUGUUGAGACCAUGAUCACAGAGGCCUUCGUAUUGGCGGACCAACACCUCCAAUUCAAGGGGUCAGAUGGGAAAAUGUUCACAAUGUCCACAGCUAUAGAGGACAUGGUGGCAUACACCAAGUUGACUGACAAUGUCUUCGAACAGAUCCUCGUUUCUACCUUAGAGGAGCUGGCUUUGGCCAGGGCGAUCCUAGAGAACAUCCUUAACCGUCGCCUCUACAAGUGUGUGGGCCAGUUCUAUACAAAGAAGAAAAUCAACGAUACAGAGGAGGCAAUUGGUAUGCAGUUGGCAGGUGACGAGGACAUUAACCUGACCCCAAACGACCUCAUUGUCAAUGUUACCAAGAUGAACUAUGGCAUGGGGAAGAAGAAUCCCAUCGAUCACGUACGUUUUUACCGCAAGAGUGCACCCAACAGGGCCUUCAAGAUCCCCAGGGGCCAGGUGUCCACGCUCAUCCCAGGACACUUUCAGGAGUGGUUGAUCCAGGUCUACUGUAAGAGGACUGAUAAGGAGAGCCUGGGGACGGCCAGGGAGCGCUUUGAACGGUGGUGCAACGCUCAGAAUGAACAAGAAGAGCAGGAAGCCAAUGAAGGCCCAAACUAAACUUAAGUUUGGAAAGAACCAAAAAAAA